CGUAGGUGUCACUCUCCUAUCGCUGGUGGGAGGAAAUCAAGGGGGGUCUUUGGAAAACGAACUGUAGCAUCUCCCCCAUCCAAAUUCAACUCAGUAAUAUGCAAACUAACAUAUAGGUUUCAGAGCACCUCCUCCAACUAAGGGCUUGCAGAACUAGCACAGAGAGAGAGAGAGAGAGGCCAUGGAUUCUAGGGAGCAGAAACGGGUGGCUUUGCGCGAAAAGCUGCAAGUUCUUCGCUCAGUUACUAACUCUAAUGCAGUAAAUAAAGCGUCAAUAAUCGUUGAUGCUUCAAAGUACAUCAAGGAAUUGAAGCAAAAAGUAGACAAACUCAAUAAAAACUUUCAAGCUGAUGUCGAACCCGUUGACCAAAGCUCCCUACCUUUGCACCAAGUUACAGUGGAGACACUGGAAAAAGGCUUCUUAAUCACUGUAUUUUCGGCAAAAAGCGGCCCUGGUUUGCUUGUCUCAAUUCUUGAGGCGUUUGAGGAAUUGGGCCUAAAUGUGCUACAAGCUAGGGUUUCUUGUACUGAUACCUUUCGGCUCGAAGCAGUUGGAGGAGAAGAUCAAGUGGAGAACGAAAGCGUGGAUGCCCAAGCGGUGAAGCAAGUAGUCUUGCAAGCAAUCAAUAACUGUAGUGGAAGUAGUGGCCAGGAAUAAAAAUCAUCCCUUCUUUCCUCUUUCC